CUUCUUUCGCCCUCCAUUCGAAACCACUGCGUUUUUAUUGCACGAGUGGUUUUACCACAACUUUUGGUUGGUGUUUCGAGCAGUUACUGCAAACAGUUUGGGAAACAUUAUCUGGUAAUUAGUAGAAGCCUAUAUUUGGCUUGGAGAAUAAUGACGCCCGCGAGGAGCCUUCCACUCGCGCUUCGAUGCACCGCGGCCGGACCCCCGGAGACGCACCACAGAAGGGUGUGUAAACUAGUCAAGACAUGGGUCAAAGGGAUCCACAUGGUGAGCACGCGUGGUCGUGAGGGAGGCAGCAUGCCCCCCCGCUGACGUCCAGCCCCUCGCCCCCCCGCCCGCCCCCCAGGAUGCCGGUGCAGGCCGCCCAGUGGACCGAGUUCCUGUCCUGCCCCGUCUGCUACAAUGAGUUUGACGGCAGCGGCCACCAGCCCAUCAGCCUGGGCUGCUCCCACACCGUGUGCAAGACCUGCCUGCACAAGCUGCACCGCAAGGCCUGUCCCUUCGACCAGACCCCCAUCAGCACGGAGCUCCACCUGCUACCCCUCAACUAUGCACUGCUGCAGCUGGUGGGGGCUCAGGUGCCGGACGUCCAGCCGGUGUGUCUGAGCAGCGCUGAGGAGGCGGAGCACUACGAGGUCUGCAGGAUGUGUGUGGAGGAGUUAGCUCUGUACCUGAAGCCCAUCAGUGGAGCCAAAGGCUCGGCCGCCCUGAGCCCCAGCCUGCUCAGCCGGCCCAUGCAGAGGAAGCUUGUUACCAUGGUGAACUGCCAGCUGGUGGAGGAGGAGGGGCGUGUGCGGGUGGUGCGGGCGGGCCGGUCGCUAGGGGAACGCACGGUGACGGAGCUCAUCCUGCAGCACCAGAACCCCCAGCAGCUCUCCGCCAACCUCUGGGCGGCGGUGCGGGCCCGGGGCUGCCAGUUCCUGGGGCCGGCCAUGCAGGAGGAUGCGUUGAAGCUGGUUCUGCUGGCGUUGGAGGACGGCUCAGCGCUGUCCAGGAAGGUCCUGGUUUUGUUUGUGGUCCAGAAGCUGGAGGCCCGCUUCCCCCAGGCCUCCAAGACCAGCAUCGGACACGUGGUGCAGCUCCUCUACCGGGCGUCCUGCUUCAAGGUGACUAAGCGUGAUGAAGACUCGUCGCUGAUGCAGCUGAAGGAGGAGUUCCGGUCGUACGAGGCGCUGCGGCGGGAGCACGACGCGCAGAUCGUCCACAUCGCCAUGGAGGCGGGCCUGAGGAUCUCCCCGGAGCAGUGGUCCUCCCUGCUAUACGGCGACCUGGUCCACAAGUCCCAUAUGCAGUCCAUCAUCGACAAGCUGCAGUCUCCCGAGUCGUUUGCCAAGAGUGUCCAGGAACUGACCAUCGUCCUGCAGAGGACCGGAGACCCCGCCAACCUCAACAGCCUGCGGGCCCCUCUGGAGCUGCUGGCCAACAUCGACCACAACCCAGAUGCCCCGGCGCCGUCGUGGGAGGACCUAGAGAGUGUGAUGCUAGCGGUGAAGCUGGUGAUCCAGGGACUGGUGGAGUUCAUCCAGAACUUCAGCAAGAAGAACCAUGAAAGUCCACAGCCUCAGGCCAACAGCAAGUACAAGACCAGUAUGUGUCGGGACCUCCGCCAGCAGGGAGGCUGUCCCAGAGGAACCAGCUGCACCUUCGCACACACACAGGAUGAGUUGGAAAAGUUCCGACUGAGAAACAAGAAGAUCAGCAGCGCAGGCCGCCCCUUCCCCUUGUCCCAGGGGAUUAUGGGUAAGACCGUGACCAGCGGUGAGGGGGAAGAGCUGUCGGCGGGGGAGGGCCAGGCGUACAAGAGGACGCUGGAGAAGGCGGGGCCCGCUGCCUCAGAGACGGUUCCCACGGCGAUGUGCCAAGCCCAGCUCCUCCUGAAGAGCUCCUCGGGAACGGAGGAGAUAAUGAGGGGGACCGCCAACGGGGCCGGGGGGGACUCCGCCGGGCUGUCUGGGUCCAGCAGGUCUUCCGCAGGCUCCAUGGAACAGACCCCGGUGAGGAACCCUUCCCCAUUGUCCUCCAUGGCAACCGUUGGACACCAGGAGUGUGGCGCUUCCAUGCCCAAACAAGGGCAUUUCCUGCUCCGGGCUACACAGCCUUCUCAGACAUCAGAGCUGUACUACCAGGAAAAUCAUCCUUACCAGACCUCCACCUCCUUCUACCCCUCCUCCCUCCACCCGCCCCACAAGCCCUGUCUGGCCCGCUUCCUGCGCUCCUCCAACGUGCAGGAGUCACACCUCCCCCCCUCCCCUUACCCCGCAGACCCCCAUCAGUCCUCCACCUCGUCCUCCUCUUCAUCGCCCUCCUCCUCCUCCUCCUCCUCUGCGUACGCAGCGCCUCCAUCCAGAGACCGGCUGGGGCCCCCCGCCUACCACGCCCACCCCCACCCGGGGCCGCACCAUCAGUACGGGCCCCUGGCGGCGGGACACUGCGUCUACGCCCCCCUGUACGACAGCAGGAGGGUGUGGAGGCCACAGCUGUACCACAGAGAGGACGCCAGGAGCAACUCCCUGCCCCCGGAGGUGCUGCAUGCGUCAGUGUACCAGCCGCCGCUGCGCGAGAGGUUCAACUCCUUAGACAGCAACUACUGCUCCGGUGUGGAGCACCGCCCAGGGCUGCACCAGGACUAUGGUCACGUUCCCCUCGGUUACGAGGAUCUGUUCAGGAGGAAGCAGGAGCAGUGGACCCAUCACCACCACCAUCACCACCAUCACCAUGGCAACACAAACAGGCCCUCCCAGUCCUCCCCCAUCUUCACUGUUGACUUCAGCACAGAGCAUGUGGAGAACAGUGGGGGUCCGUGUGUGGGCUGCCGAUUCCGAGCGGAGGACAGCCUGGCCCACUACUCCCCCUGGUCCUGCAGCACCGUCCGGCCCUGCAUCAGCCCCUUCGAGCCCGACAGCCAGGGACCCGGCCCCGCCCGGCCCUGCUCAGAGCGCUCGGAAGUGGACAGCAAAGGAGCAGGAAGUGGCAGCGGUGGCGGCGGGGACGCGGGGAAGCGGUGGCUGGCCUCCCUGGACCCCUACAGGCGACUGAAGGAAGAGGACCCCAUCAUUCCGUUUGGCGAAGGGCCAAUCAUCUCCAAGUGGGGGGCCAUCUCCCGGGCGGCCAGGACCGGCUACCACACCUCCGCCCCUGUCCAGGCCACGGCCUGCCAGGGCAGCGCCUCCACCACACCCAUCAGCCUCAGAGACUACGUCCCUCACUUGGAUCACAGCGACUACCGCUGGAGCUCCAGAGGUUCUGACUCCUCAAGUCACUCCAGCUUCCUAGAGAGUGAGCAGCUGUGCGUGUCAGACCUGGCCGCCCCCCGCAGGUCCCUGAGUGGCGAGGACCUGCAGACCCACCACCAGACGGCCUACAGCCAGGACCGGGAGCAGCCCGGCGAGCGCCCCCGCGGCCAGACGGAACCGGGUCGGGACAUCGAGCUGGAGCUGUCGGUGCUGGACCUGGAGGACUCGGACGCGCAGCCGGUCCAGUCCCAGGAGUCGUCUCAGGACCCCUCCUCCCUCCUCCUCCUGCAGCCCCCACCUCCCCCCUCCUCCUGCUCUGUCCCCCUACCAUCCCCUGAGGACGAGCAGGCCAGGCCAGACAAGGUGGACGCUCACCUGCUGAAGAAGAUGGCGUUCAGAAUGUCCCCUGGAGGUUUGAUGUCGGAGGGCCUUGGUGUUAGUAAACUGAUGCUGCGGACCAGACCACCUCGGCGGGGGAACACAGGGAGCUGCCCCCCCACCACCCUGGGAGCAGAGAUGCUGCUCAACGGAAGCUAAGAAGACAAACACAGGCUGCAGAGUUAUAGACCUUGACUACUGAAGACCGAGUCAUAGACCUUUACUACUGAAGACACACAGAGUCAUAGAGCUUCACUACUGAAGACACACAGAGUCAUAGACCUUCACUACUGAAGACACAGUCAUUGAGCUCCACUACUGAAGAUACACAGAGUUCCAGACCUUCACUACUGAAGACACACAGAGUCAUAGAGAUUCACUACUGAAGACACACAGAGUCACAGCCCUUCACUACUGAAGACAGAGUCAUAGACCUUCACUACUGAAGACAGUCGCAGCCCUUCACUACUGUAGACACACAGAGUCACAGACCUUCACUACUGAAGACACACAGAGUCAUACAGCUUCACUACUGAAGACACAAAUAGUCACAGACCUUCACUACUGAAGAUAGAGUCAUAGACCUUCACUACUCUAGACACAGAGUCACAGACCUUCACUUCUGAAGACACACAGAGUCAUAGACCUUCACUAAUGAAGACAGAGAGUCACAGACCUUGACUACUGGAGACAGAGAGAGUCAUAGACCUUCACUACUGAAGACAGAGUCAUAGAGCUUCACUACUGGAGAUAUUAAGAGUCACAGACCAUUACUACUGAAGACAUACAGAGUCUUAGAGUUUCACUACUGAAGUCACACAGAGUCCAUAGACCAUCACUACUCAAGACAGAGUCAUAGACUGUCAAUACUGAAGACACAGAGUCAAAGACCUUCACUACUGAAGACACACAGUCAUAGACC